AUGCUUCCUACACCCGACACUUCGCACGUCUCCUUUGACACUAUCUACGAACCAUCUGAAGAUUCAUAUCUCUUCUUGGACACCCUAUCAUCAGCGUCAGAAUCAAAAUGGUUAUCUGAGAGGUUUCGAAAAACCAGCAGCCCCUCAUCCCAUAGCACCAAUGCCGCGCCCUUGGUCGUGGAAGCUGGUACAGGAUCCGGCGUCGUGCUAGGAUUUGUAGCAGCGCACUCCCAAACAAUCUUCGGGCGUCAAGACAUCCUCACACUGGGAACCGACGUGAAUCGCAAUGCCUGCCUCGCUACUCGGGAGACAGUAUCCACAGCCAUCCAGUCCAUUCAACAAAAACCAGAAACCCCCGCAAUGAACUCGAACCUACACUCUCUUCACAUCUCUUCUUUGACCGCCGACCUGUGCACGUCUUUACGCCCUGGCAGCGUGGACGUUCUUCUUUUCAACCCACCUUAUGUGCCCAGUGAAGACCUCCCAAGGUUACCCACUGCGUCUGAGAAUGAUCCAGCCGUGGCCCAGGCCAUGUCUCGGUCGGCUAGGUUUGAGAGCGACUCAUACUUCCUUUCGCUGACGUAUGCGGGGGGCGUGGAUGGAAUGGAGACGACAAACCGUUUAUUAGACGCCAUUCCUGGCACUCUUUCGGCUCGGGGAGUGGCUUAUGUGCUACUGUGCAAGCAGAACCGACCGGACGAGGUUAUGACGCGCAUUCGCGAAUGGGGUGGGUGGUGCGCUGAAAGUGUGGGAUCAAGUGGCAUGCAAGCUGGCUGGGAGAAGUUAGUCAUUGUUCGCAUAUGGAGAGAGGCAAGUUCCAUGUGA